UUCAUCGGGUUCAUCGGGUUCAUCGGGAGAAAAGGAUUAGGGUUCGUCGAGAGUGAGUUGUUUUUACAAGAACCGUGAAAAUGGAAGAAGAUAAAGUAAACGGAUGGUUUGUAAAAAGUAAAAGGUAAGUAUCGGUUUGGUCUCGUUUUGGUUAAUUAGAUUGGUUUCAUUGAGUGGUUAACUAGAUGUCUCUGGUCUGGUUGAGGGUUAUAUUAGUAAACUCUGCAUAGAGAAAGUGUGCUGUAUCAUAUUGUGUCUCUGAGUGAUAUUAAUAAGACAACAUGUGUCUCUGAGGGUAAAAAUUUCUUGAAAAUUAGAUCGAUAGCGACUUGUGUGUCCCUCUAACACACCAAACAUAUCAACUCUAUUAUCGAAAUACAUCUCUAUUCAACAACAGCUUAGUCAAAUGGUACGUCGCCAUUUAAUUUUUAAUGUUAACGCAAAACAAAGUCGACUACUAAUAAACCGGUAUUUAACCAAUAAUAGAUGCGUUUUUGGCAUAUAUUAACCAAAAAGUGAAAGGACGCGAAGGUAGAAAUAUAGGUAGAACUUAGAACAAGCAGGAUAAACUGGUUUACACAAAUAUGUAAUUUCAUAAUUAAUUAUUAAUAAAACACUUGUUGUGUUUAAAAGCAGUUGGAAAACGGCCUGAAAAGCAAUAGGAGAUCUUAAUUCGAUAUCCUUAGAACAUGAUUAAUGGAAGUUUUUAGGGAUGGAAUUUUUAGCGUAAUAUUUAAGAAUUUGUUCUUAAUUUUUUUAAUUAAAAUUAAGAAUCGAUUCUUAAAUUACGUUAAGAACACUAUCUUUAGGAAACUCCAUUAAUCAUGGUCUUAUAUAUUCUAUAAAUUAACAUGUAUUACAAAACUGAUACGGUGAAUAUAAAUUAGUGAGUAUGAACAUGAGGUCACAUCAUAUAUACACGCGUAACUUGACACAUCGUAAGUACGGUGUGAGAUAGUACGUACAUUCAUACUAUAUAUAUCACCAUUGAAAUAAAAUGAGAAACGUACAAAACAAUAUAAUAAAUGGUUGUCUCCCCCUUGAAUUAAGAUGACUGUACAAAGUAAUCUAUAUACAUGUGAAUUAAUGUGGUAAACUACAUAUAUAACCGGGUCACCAUUUCAAACAUUGGUGGAAACGUAGCAUAAAGCCACCGUAUCCGUGCACAUGCGCGUAUAUGGAUAUGCCAACUAAACUAUCUCAAAAGUAUUAGUGCUAUUACGAGUUUGAUUGGUAAUGCAUAUUUGAGUAGAGUAAAUAAUUAGAGCUGGAAGCGUUGUUUUUGGUUUGAUACUACGACUAAGAAAAAAAAAAACUACGACUAAGAACUGCUUAAGAAAACCAAAUAAUCACACAUCUUUUUAUUUCAGAAACACACGGUUAGUUUUCCUUUUCCAUGUCUUUAGACAACAAGAAAAUGUAAAACUAUAACUUAGGAUAAAAACUGUAUUGUUAUGGAUUUUGACUAGUUCACAAGUAGUAGAUACUUUGAAAUAUAAUAAGUGAAUACAACUGUUGGCUCAGAUCUCAACGAGUAAAUGAUGUGGUUAUUACUUGGCUCGGUACGUACGGAUUCAUUAAUAAAAGAUUGAUAAACUGCAUUCAUUAACGAUGCAGUUUUUGUUUUGUUUUUCUUAAAAAAGCAGUUGUUUCGUUCAUAACUUUUCAUUUAUAUUUUCGCAGAAAUUCACAAACUUAUUUUAUUCUUAACUAGAGUACUGUUGAGUUUCAUAUUGUAUAUGGCGUGUGUUUUCUGUUUAUAAAUCUAAUCAACAUGAAUAUCGCUUUAUUAAAAAAAAAAACAAUAACAACAAAAUAAUUAAUUUCUGAAUCACGAAAUCGUUAACUUGGAUUUAGUUCUCUUUAUUUAGACCUUAAAUUGCUCACUAAAUCAUUAAAACCAAGCAUCUUAGAUUUUGUUCUUAGCAUAUAAUGAAACUUUUUUCAAUUAUAUAUUCUUACAAUAUAGUAUUAGAAAAUGGCAUACUUUGACGUAAUCUUAAUUAGACCGUACAUAAGAUAUCUGUAAGCUCGCCAGGAGGUGAGUUCACAUCGAACCACGAGGCUCGUAUCUGUUUUCAAGUACCACACCGUACCUAACAUGGAGACAACCAUAUCCUUCUGACAGCAUUCAAAUUUGUCACUUUUUAAUGUCUGCAAGAAUCUUUCGAUCUGUGAAAUGGUAAUUAUAGGCAGCUUGAUGUAUUUAAUUUAAGGAUGGAGGAAUACUAUAAUCGUUUAAAAUACGAUUGAUUUGAUUUAAUUAUUUGGUUCCUGCAAAUUUUUCUUGGUCCUCCAAUUAAAUGCAUUCAAUGAUUAUGUCUUUAUUAGUAGUAAUAAUACCCAACUUGUAAUACACGUACAAGUUGGCUGAACUUCCUAUUAAUGAAAGAAAAUCAUUUUACUAAGUAAAAAACUUACGAAAAAAUCCACUAAAACUACGAACGACACCUAGUAAAUCUAGUAUAGAUUAAAAGCUAAACAUCGUUGAUGAUCAAAGAUAAAUUCUAGGGUGAAUAAAUAGAUUGUAAAUGAUUACGUAGUAGUAAUAAGAUAUAAAGUCAAAGGAUGAGAGUGUGAUAGCGUAACAGCCAAAGCCUAGCUGGAAAUCACAAGGACGAAUUAAACAAUGCCAGCGAGGAUUCUCUUAAAGGGUAAAAUCGUCCAAUCAAGUUUAGUCGAACGAGGAGGACGCGGGGUUGGUUUCAGUGAAAGAGAAAAGUGCACCGACGCGACGACAAGUAGGAGUGAAGAGAACCACCCUACGUUUCGGUGCACCGUCUCGUACUCUAUUAUUGCUCAACUUUUCCCGAGAGAGGGAGUACGGCCACUUUUUGCUUUGUUGACCUUUUCUGGAUUCAUAGUCUCGUGUUGACUGACUCGUUCAAAAAACUCGUCUACAGUCUCUCGGCUUGCUCUUUUGUGAUCAUAACUUUUUUUUCAUUGCUUCAUUUAUUAGACGGUAGAGUAGAAGAAUAAAGGCCAAGGAGUAAACUCAAAAGGCCAAUUAGGACAUGACUGGUUUAAAGGUAAUGGUUGCAUGUGCAGUUGCAGAGAUUUAUACAUAUCAUAAGUUUUAAGUUAUUUGUAGGACUAAUAUAAGAUAUAUGACUGAUUAACUAUAAGAUAUUUAUGACAUUAAAUAUUUACGAAGGUUAUAUUUACAUUGUAAAAAAAAAUUUGUUUGGUUUAUACAUAUAUAUAUAUGUUUAUAUAUUAAUGUCUCAAAUUAAUAUUUUUGGUUUAUUUUUUCAAAUAAUAUAAGUUAUGAUACUGUUAGUGAAUAUAAAAUAAAAUAAUAUUUCAGUUUUAAAUUUUUAAAAAUAUUUUUUUAUUUAUCUUUGUCGUCGGGAAGAUUUUAGAAAGUUUGAAAUGGUUUGUAAUUUUUUUUUGUAAUUGAUGUAAAACGUCAACAAGGCAACAACCAUUACUAUCCAUAAUUAAUACGUUAUUGUUUUUUACAAAAAUAUUUAUUCAAUUUUUUUUCCUGGCAAUAAUUGAAUAUCGUACUAAGUGAAAACAAAUGAAAAAUGAAUUAAAUGAAAGCAUAGAACUCAGUGCCGUGCGAAGAUUUUUAGGGGCCCGAGACGAGUUAAAAAAAAUUUACAUGAUAUUUUUUUUUGAAAUAGUUCUAUUUAAAUUUGAAUUAUAUAAAUUUUUUUUUUGAAAUAUAUAUAUGUAAUGCUAAAAAGUUUUGAUUUAUUACCUAAACAAUUUCUAAAUUUUCUGCACCAGACUUUUAUAAACUAAAAAAUAAAAUAAUGAUCAAAAGUAGGAAUUAGUAAUAUAGAAACAAAAAUACAAAUUUUGGAUUGAAAUGUUGAUCGCUGAUAAUCAAAUUCUAUAAAAUAUAUAAAAUAAAUCUAACUCAUAACAUAUAAAAAGAUGAAAUGUAGAUCAUAUACUUACAGUUAAUUAGAAGUAGAAUAUUUAUAGUUUUACAUAAAAUAUAGUAAAAUUGAUCAUAAAUUAGUUUUUUUUAAAACAGAAGUCAAAUUUAGAAUCAAAUAAUAAUAAAAAUAUCACUAAGAGAAUACAUUAACUACCAUGUAAAAAAAAAUUGUAAUUAAGGGCCCUAAAAAUUUUACAAAAUUUGGGGGCCCUAGGCAAAUACCUUUUUCAUUAAGCUGUAAGCACGGCUCUGAUAGAACUACAUAUUAUUGUGUUGAGGUGGAAGAACAUAACACAUGUAAGUAAGACAAAAUAAAUAUUGUCAUCAUCAGUUAUAUCAGGGACGUCCCUUUCAACAUUAGGACCAAAACUUAUGGUUAUAUCCUAAUUAAUGAAUGUUCCAUAUAGGUCAUAUAGUAUUAAGUAUAUCUAGUUCAACUGCUUUGGAAACCAUAUGUUAUAUCAAGAUACCUUUUUGUUGUUGUUGCCAAAUACAUGAUAAGUAGUAUAUAGUUAUGAAUACGUGAAUUUGUAUCAUCGACAUCUAGAGAUUCAGCUUUGUAAGUUAUCUCUUACAGUCAUUUUGAAGCUUUGUCUAACGGCCUAAUACAUCUAUUAGUCAAUUGUAUGUGAUCUAAACAAUAACAAAUACUAUUAUUAUUUAUUAUCACUAAGUAAUAGGAUUGCACAAAUUAACUGACAAUGUAACAUGAUACACAUGUUAUUUACUACACAUAAAACCUAUUUAAAAUAAAAACUAGUAAGAAGCUAGAGAAUUGCUAUGCAAGUCAUGGGAUUUUAAGGUCUCAGUCAAAGGGGUGAUAACAUCAAGACUUUUUAACAUUUUGAUGGGGAGAGGGGGUCAAUCACUUCAUGUUAGAGAACUUGAACCGCAAGUUGAUCUAAGAAAAAUAUUCAUAAAACAAGUUUGAUUACUGGUAUAUGUAGUCAAAACAUUAAGUGUCACCCAAGAAAAUUAUGGUCAAGUCAACUAAGCUGAUUUAAAUAAAAAGCGAAAAUGAACCAUUUAAAAAGUUAAAGUAAUGUUGGUCUUUUGAAUUAUUAGCUUACAUGGACGAGUCCUUUUUUCUGGCUACUGAAAAUAAUCAAGCCACGAAGACAUCAAGACAUUGGUAUUGCUUAUGAUGAUGAUCACCAGCCAACCACGUAGUUAUUUAUACUAUUGAAAUCCAAAUCGUACAUAUUAUUAUGUAAUUAUUGGAUAAUCAUAAAUUAUAAAUCAGUGGAACAUCUUAGUUAGGAUAGGUAUGACCAUGCAUAUUACAUGCCUUUCAGUUCAAAACCAUAAGGUGAUCAGAUCUAGAAGAAGAUGAUCUGCAUCCAAAAAUCAAUUAAGAGACUUGAUUUGUUUAAGGACCCACAUAUAAACAGUACUACAGCUAAUCGAUAACAAUCAUGCAGAUUAGGUAAAACAUGUUUAGUAGUUGUAUGAAUUUUAUAUUCAUAUUAUGGUCUGGCUAUUAUACUAUUAGAAUUUUGAGACUGUAGCAAAUGCACAUGUAAAUAAAAAGAUAUUUAAUCAACUUCUUGAGUUUCUUUUCAGAUAGCUCUAUAUCAUUGUGAAGAAAAAUGUUAAAUAUCCUCAUACCUUCAGUUUACCGUUAUUUACAUUAGCUAUAUAGAUAUUAGACUACAAUAGUUUCAUUACAAUAUAACGGAAAAACCUUUCAGCUGCAACAAUUCGAGAUUGAUUAAAAUAAGAAUAUGUAUAAUAUAAUCAAGGGAAAUCAUCAGAUUCACAAGAAAAACAACCAAUUGAUCAAUGUGUGCUUGUAUUUGUGAGUAACCCAUAACAAUUUUACAAACUAAGAAAAUAUGAAAUAAAUAAAUAAACCCAAAAAAGAUUUUCAAGUCAAAGCCAUAAGAAACUGCAAUUAAGAGACACAUAUCCAUAAUGGUACAAAGCUGGCUUGCACAACAGCAACCUCAAUAUAGAGCCAUAGAUUCAAUGCAAUGUAUACCUUCCAUGAAAAAAAAAUCUGAUCUUCUGUCUCUUUCCAUCUGAUUUUAUUAUCCAUAUAUUUCCUUUACUAUUUGUGAUUCUUGUGUUCUGAGUCUUUGUGUGGAGUGUUUUCAUUGGUUCAUGACAAGUUAAGCAAGUUUCAAACAUUAUAAGCCAUUUCUGGUAAUCUCAUAGCUCACCUGUCAUCGUCCCAACUUACCUGUUACCUAGAGGAAAUCAAGCAAUUCAGAUGCAUUGAUCUCUCAAUCUCACCUAACAUUCCAUUUUUAAAUCUUAAUUUUAAAACAAAAAAAAAUCAAUAUUACUCUGCAUAUAAUUUGUAAAUCUGAAAUAUCCAUGAUUACAAAGUAAACAAGAUGGAUUACGUUUAGAAUAUGAUGUAAAAAUAGAAGAUGUAGUUUUGAAUAUAAUAACAUUCUGAUUCCUUCAGUUCAGAAAAAAAACAUUCUGAUUCCUCCUUAUCCUAAAAUGUACAGAGACAAGUACAACUAGCUGUACUUGGACUUAGCUUAGAGUCAUUGAAAAUAUUGUUGACAUAAAUGUGAACAGGUUUAGGAGACUAAAUGCAGCAACAAGGUACUACGGAAACUAAGAUCAGGGAAUUAUUUAGUUUAAUUAAUGAGCCACUACUGAAGCCACAUGGGCAUUGUGAUAAGUUUUGGAGACAAAGUUUAAAUGAUAUGGUUUAGCUAGGCGUAACAUUAGCUGGAUCAGUCCUUUGACACAAUAAUCUCUAUAGCGAUUGAGCAGUUUCCGAAAAACAUUUUUCAUGCAUGAAUUUGGUAGGCACUAGAAACAUGAUGACUCUGCGUUAGAGAUCUUCUUAGACAAAGACUGGAUCUGUUUGGUUUUGCAGUUAUAAGAACAUCUAGUAAAUUUCUCAGUAGAAGUACAACAUCAUUUGUGUCACUUCUGUCGGGUUCAAGUUCCGUGGGAUUAGGCCCUGUCUCAUAAACAAAAUUAACUUGGGUCUACCUCAUUUUUUUUCAUACGUUACACAAGUGAUUUAAAGAAGAAUAAAUAGAGCACGAGAAAAUGCAAGUUGCAAGGAGCCAGUUUUUUUUUUUUUUUUGCAUUUGUCUACAUGUUCCACUGGUUGUAACUACAUCCGAUUUUGUAUGAGAUGUAUAUGACGUAGAAUCAACUAUCUACCAGCUUGAUAUCAGCACAUUUAUACUAAAUCUCUUAUAGGGACUUAGAAACAGGGGAGUGGUCAAAAAGAGAAACACGAAGCUCACAGUUUCCGAUGUUGUUAAACGUCCCAGGCGGUCGAGUAACUCAAGGCCAACAAGUCAACUCUCAAGAGUCACUUACCAACACAAACACUAAUAACAUUCAGUGAUCCAUACAAAUAUACAUGAAUGUAAUUUUUUAUAACUGCAGACUGCAGUACAGAAGUCGAAUUUAAUCAAACUAAGAAUCAAAGCGAUAAUCACACACACUUAAUUCUAAUCAGUAUAUUUUGGUCAAACAUUUAUUAUCAGUACAUAUUUGUCCCUAUGUAUCUAAAAAUGAAUACUUUCUUCAACUCUGUUAAUAUGGCAGAUAAAGUAUUACUUUGCUUUCAACUCAUUUGUUAAUUUAAUAUCAAAUAACAUUAUAAUAGAAAGUAAGAAAUCAUACAUUUUAAGAAAAUAGAUUAAUUACCCAGUUCAGUCGAGUUAUGUAUUAAAUUUUAAACUUAUAUUCAGGACCGGACCUGAUAUAUGUGGGUCCAGAAGCAAUUAAAAUUUAUUUGGCCCUACAACAACUAUUUUAAAAAAAAUCACUGUGAUUUUGCUGUAUACGGGCUCAAACUCAGUACCCUAGGUUAUUUACAACCAAAUUUUACCAUCUGAACUAUCAGAUAUUUAAUGUAUUUGGCCCCUAAAUUAUUUCUAACACCAUCGCCUUCAAGCUAAUGCUUGAUGAGCUUGUGCUCAGGCCCAGCUCUGCUUAUACUUCAGAAUCGCAAUGUAACAAAACUAACGACGAACCCUAAAAUUCAAAACAGGGAAACUAAGAAUUUCUAUGGCAACACAAACGAGCAACAGACUCCCAAUUAUGCAGAUAACAAGACAGUUUAGAAAACGUUAAAGAACCUUCAAUUGAUGAAAGCAUCAUUUAUUCGAAACGCAAAUAAUCUAACACGCAAUAGUGUAAAGCCCAUUGUAUAAAGCAAGGCAUAAACUUAACUUUUCUAGCAAUCCAAGCAAUAUCGUAAAGCCAACCAUACCUUCCUUCCACAAAACGACGAUUAGUUCUCUAUAAAUCUAACGAAUGUUGUCAAUAAAUAAAGACUAAAGUAAUAAACAAACAAACUUUUACCCAAAAAAAAGUAACAAAAACCCCUAUGGAAAAUCGCAUGACCACUUUUCAUCCUAAACAUUUCCUUGAGUCUGAUCUACAUCCGGACUUUGCUGGUGCAAAGAAAUGCGUUAUUUGUGAGAAAUGGAUCUCUACUCGGCCUAAUCAUUUGUAUUGUCGUCCAUGCAAUUUAUGUUUUCACAAAGAAUGUUCAACCAGUUUGAUGGAGAAUCUGACAAUAGAUCGUCCAGUGACACAUGAACAUACGCUCACCUUCAUUCGCCAAAAGAACUCUUUCAACUGUGUUGCUUGCGGAAUGGUCGUCGCUAACAAAGAGAUGAAUUUCUACGGUAUGUACGAGAUAAAUAUGUACGGAUGUUUGCCCUGCAACUUCUUUAUCCACAGAGAUUGUAUGUAUUUACCAAAGGUUAUAAAGCUCACUCGUCACUCUCACCGCUUGUUUCAUACUUAUCAAGUUCCUGAUCACAACACGAAAUGUCGAAUAUGUUAUGACCCGUUUGUUUGCGGAAGUGGAGGAUAUAUUUGUAGUGACAAGACGUGUGAUUAUAAACUUCACUCGCAAUGUGCAACGCGUAAAGAGAUUUGGGAUGGCAAAGAUGUGGAGAGAGAACCUGAAGAAAUUAGUAACUCUGAAGAUGUUACUAUGAAGUUUUCAUCGUUGGAGGAGGUAGAUGGCAAAACACUCCGUCAUUUUAGUCAUCACCAUGAUUUAAUUAGGCUUUGUGUCAAUGGUGGAGAAGAAGAAAACAAACGAGUAUGCCAAGCAUGCAUUCUUCGCAUUGGCUCUAAUAGUUUCUUGGGUUGUAAAGAAUGUGAUUUUGCACUCCAUGACACGUGUGCAAGGCUACCUCGGAAGAUGGAACACCUGUUUCACCGCCAUUCACUAACCCUAGAGGUGGACAUGAUGAACAUCAAAGAAGGGUUCUUCAGAUGUUCUAAAUGUGAACGAGAAUCAUGUGGUUUCAUGUAUUGGUGCUGCCAAGAGGAAUGUGACUUUAAAAUGGAUGCAAAGUGUGCUUCCCUUGCUGGUCCAUUAUACAGUGAAACCCACAAACACCCUCUCACUCUAUUAGACUAUGGGGCACGUUGUUACGAAUGCUAUGAAUGUCCAUUCUCUUUGGAUUCAAAACAAGCAACUUUGCCGGUGUUGGUAAAAUGCAACUAUGACAUUCAUCCACUUACCCUAUGUUUUGGUAGACAUAUUAUGUGCCCAUGGCGGCCCUUUUCUUGUGAAAUCUGUGAAAUAAGAAUAAAACCUGAUUAUCCGGAUUACGAAGAUCUCUACGGCUGCUUCGAUUGCAACACCCUUGUACACGUUGAGUGUGCAAUAGGGAAAUACCCGUAUCUGAAGCCUGGCCAUACGAUCAAACUGAAUGGUUUUGAGAUUGAGAUUGCAUCCAACAGUUUUUCUCGGCCUAUAUGUCACGCAUGUCACUCUACCUGCCAAGAUAAACUGGUUUUCAAGAAUAAGAGCAGUGCCAUCUCUUUCUGUUCUAUCAACUGUAUAACCUCUUCAUAGAAAACCCUACUGCAAUCUUACAUGUGUAGAGUGCUUGCGUAAAAUAAGUAUUUUCUUUUACUUUUCUAAUUUGAAGUCUAUAUAAAAAAUAAGAUCUUGCUUUGCUUUCAGGUUUGUUGUAAUUUAAACUACCAUGAAUAGAACAACUUUGCAAGAUAACUUUAUAAAAAAAUGGUCAACUUCAAGAAAAUAUAUUAUAGCUAUGUUAGUUUAUUUUAUAUAUUGAAUUUUGAAAACAUACUUCAAGAUGGCAAUGUUUCAAGAUUUCUGAGACACAUAAUUCCAAGUCUCGGCCUCAAUGGCAACAAGCCAACAACAACAUACUUUUUACAUAUUUUAUUGUUUUUAUAUUUUUUAAAAUAUUUGUCUUCUAAAAUAAAUAAUAUAUUUAUCCAUGUCCAUACUAUUAAUUAUCUGAAAAGUGAAUUAUAGCUAUGUUAAUUUACAUAUUUUAUUGCUUUGCAAAAGUGAUCAUUAUCUAAAACUUAUAUAUAUAUAUAUAUAUAUAUAUAUAUAUAUAUAUAUAUAUAUAUAUAUAUAUAUAUAUAGUGUUAUUAUCCACAAAUACUCGGCACCCUAGGUUAUUUACAACCAAAUUUUACCAUCUGAACUAUCAGAUAUUUAAUGUAUUUGGCCCCUAAAUUAUUUCUAACACCAUCGCCUUCAAGCUAAUGCUUGAUGAGCUUGUUCUCGGCCCAGCUCUGCUUAUACUUCAGAAUCGCAAUGUAGCAAAACUAACGACGAACCCUAAAAUUCAAAACAGGGAAACUAAGAAUUUCUAUGGCAACACAAACGAGCAACAGACUCCCAAUUAUGCAGAUGACAAGACAGUUUAGAAAAAGUUAAAGAACCUUCAAUUGAUGAAAGCACCAUUUAUUCGAAACGCAAAUAAUCUAACACGCAAUAGUGUAAAGCCCAUUGUAUAAAGCAAGGCAUAAACUUAACUUUUCUAGCAAUCCAAGCAAUAUCGUAAAGCCAACCAUACCUUCCUUCCACAUAACGACGAUUAGUUCUCUAUAAAUCUAACGAAUGUUGUCAAUAAAUAAAGACUAAAGUAAUAAACAAACAAACUUUUACCCAAAAAAAAGUAACAAAAACCCCUAUGGAAAAUCGCAUGACCACUUUUCAUCCUAAACAUUUCCUUGAGUCUGAUCUACAUCCGGACUUUGCUGGUGCAAAGAAAUGCGUUAUUUGUGAAAAAUGGAUCUCUACUCGGCCUAAUCAUUUGUAUUGUCGUCCAUGCAAUUUAUGUUUUCACAACGAAUGUUCAACCAGUUUGAUGGAGAAUCUGACAAUAGAUCGUCCAGCGACACAUGAACAUACGCUCACCUUCAUUCGCCAAAAGAACUCUUUCAACUGUGUUGCUUGCAGAAUGGUCGUCGCUAACAAAGAGAUGAAUUUCUACGGUAUGUACGAGAUAAAUAUGUACGGAUGUUUGCCCUGCAACUUCUUUAUCCACAGAGAUUGUAUGUUUUUACCAAAGGUGAUAAAGCUCACUCGUCACUCACACCGCUUGUUUCAUACUUUUCAAGUUCCUGAUUACAACACGAACUGUCGAAUAUGUGGUGACCCGUUUGUUUGCGGAAGUGGAGGAUAUAUUUGUACUGACGAGACGUGUGAUUAUAAACUUCACUCAUAUUGUGCAACGCAUAAAAAGAUUUGGGAUGGCAAAGAUGUGGAGCGAGAACCUGAAGAAAUUAGUAACUCUGAAGAUGUUACGUUUUCAUCGUUGGAGGAGGUAGAUGGCAAAACAAUCCGUCAUUUUAGUCAUCACCAUGAUUUAGUGAGACAAUAUGUCAAUGGUGGAGAAGAAGAAAACAAACGAGUAUGCCAAGCAUGCAUCCUUGGCAUUGGCUCCGGUCCUUUCUUGGGUUGUAAAGAAUGUGAUUUUGCACUCCACGACACGUGUGCAAGGCUACCUCGGAAGAUGGAACACCCUUUUCACCGCCAUCCAAUAACCCUAGAGGUGGACAUGAUGAACAUCAAAGAAGGGUUCUUCAGAUGUUCUAAAUGUGAACGAGAAUCAUGUGGUUUCAUGUAUCGAUGCUGCCAAGAGGAAUGUGAGUUUAAAAUGGAUACAAGGUGUGCUUCACUUGCUGAUCCAUUAUACAAUGGAGCCCACCAACACCCUCUCACUCUCUUAGGCCGUGGGGCACGUUGUUACAAAUGCGGUUUCUAUUUGGAUUCAGAACAAGCAACUCUGCCGGUGUUGGUAAAAUGCAACUAUGACAUUCAUCCACUUACCCUAUUUUUAGGUAUAUCAAUUAAUAUGUGGCCAUGGAAGCCCUUUGCUUGUGAAGUCUGUGAACUAAGAAUCAAACCUACUUAUCCGGAUUACCAAGAUCUCUACGGCUGCUUCGACUGCGACACCGUUGUACACGUUGAGUGUGCAAUAGGAAAAUACCCGUAUCUGAAACCUGGCCAUACGAUCAAGUUGAAUGGUUUUGAGAUUGAGAUUGCAUCCAACAGUACUCUUUCUCGGCCUAUAUGUCAUGCAUGUCACUCUAUCUGCCAAGAUAAACUGGUUUUCAAUAAUAAGAGCAGUGCCAUCUCUUUCUGUUCGAUCAACUGUAUAACCUCUUCAUAGAAAACCCUACUGCAAUCUUACAUGUGUAGAGUGCUUGCGUAAAAUAAGUAUUUUCUUUUACUUUUCUAAUUUGAAGUCUAUAUAAAAAAUAAGAUCUUGCUUUGCUUUCAGGUUAGUUUACAUGAUAUGGUUUAACUAGGCAUAACAUUAGCUGGAUCAGUCCUUUGACACAAUAAUCUCUAUAGCGAUUGAGCAGUUUCCGAAAAACAUGUUUCAUGCAUGAAUUUGUUAGAGGAACAUCUAGUAAAUUUCUCAGUAGAAGUACAACAUCAUUUGUGUCACUUCGGUCGGAUUCAAGUUCCGUGGGAUUAGGCCCUGUCUCAGAAACGAAAUUAACCUGGGUCAACUCUCUACCAUAUCUGGCUUCAGAGAAAUAAUAUCCUCCAUAACCAAGUUCUUAUCCCUCCGCACACGGUCUUCAGGAUUAUUGAUCGAGAGGUGCGAAAUAUUCUCUUAGGAAGGAGAGGAAGGAGAAAAUACAACACUCUCUUGUCUUCUUGGCUUAAGUUUGAGUAAGUUCUGUUUUAGAAAUCUGUAAAACUCCCUCUAAUAUUUCCUUGUUUUUCUUUUUUUUGUCUUGGAAGUGUUGUCUUUAGGAUUACAAUUUUGUAAGAUCCUUUUUUCAUAUUACAUGAUAUUAACGUUUUAGCAAAAAAAAAAAACUUGGGUCUACCUCAUUUUUUUCAUACGUUACACUAGUGAUUCAAAGAAGAAAAAAUAGAGCACGAGAAUAUAACUUGCAGUUUCUUUUUUUUUUGAAAAAAUGUUAAAUUUAUUCAAAAAAAAACUUUUUUACAAUGUCUGUAACU